AUGUUGACAAGAGCGUCUAUCGACCACCGAAGCAGCACUUCUUGUGGACGUGACGUCAGAUUGUCGCCAUUGACCUUGAAAGACGCGGCACGGGCUGAAAGAGCCAGCGACUACCCGGACACUAUCGUCGAUGCCGAGGAUCAGGUCGCUGGCACUUGUUGUGGAGUAUAUGCAGACAGUAGUGUAAGCAGUUCAGGGAGUUGUGAGAGCAGUGAAGAAGGUGAUGCAAUGGACAUGUCGCAGUUUUCGUUGGUGGAGCUGCAGGAGCAACUGGGCCAGCGCUUUGUCGAGGGCAUGAAUCCGUACGUGGAGCAGCUGCGACGGGAAGAGGAAUUGGAUUCAGGAGACGAUCUGAUGGAUAGCGAGAUCGAGAUGUCGGGUAGUACUCGAGAUGAAGAUUUGGAGCUGACGGAGUGGGAGAAUCCGUCGUACAUGGUGAAAGAUUUGGAUACGGGCGAGAGCUACCGAGUGGAGGAGAUUGACCAGCAGUUUACGCUUGUCACACUGGACUCGGUAGCAGCGCAACAUGAUCGCGAAGAAGAAGAGGAGAAAAGCUCGGAACGAACGACAAACGAGUCAACGUCUUCGUACUUGUUGUCGCUGUAUACGGCCGACGAGACGGCGGAUAUUGAGAUCGAAGACGAUCUGUUGGACCAUGGUGACGAGAUGAACGCGAGUGGCUCCAUGCGCGCCCGUAGCUCGAACAUGAUGGUGAUCUAUGUGCCAUGCGAUGAGCUGCCGGCAGGCCCACCUGUAAAGUGCACUUUUGCAGCCUGUACAGAGGUACAUCAGAGAGUGUCCGGGUACUGUGCAGACCAUGAAAUGAUUGCAAUGGAAGAAGAAGAUUCAAGAGCUCAGGCGCUGUAUUUGAUCCCUCAUGGUGCGCGGGCGGAACUUGUCACGAUUGGCAGCCACGGGUUUGCGUGCGACGCGUCAAACCGAUUGUAUACCGUGUACGCCAUUGAGAUGCGCUGUGUACAGUCCGGUGCAACAUGGAUGAUCUACCGCCGAUACCAGCAGUUUAAGGAGCUAAAUGACCGAUUACGUCCGAUGGGAGUGCGCGUUCCAUUGUUGCCUCCCAAAAAGCUGCUGGGCUCGUUCGAACCGGAUUUCAUCGCAAAGCGGCAGAGCGAGCUGUCGAAUUGGCUACACUGUCUGUUGAACUAUGACCGGGUAGAUCAGUCAGCCAAGAAUCCUCAUUUGGUCGAUGAGGUGCGCAAAUUCUUGACCAGCAAGGCCGACCAGCCACCACUUCUUCUGGACAGGCUGCCACUAAAGCGCUCACGAUUCUUCGGUGCAUCACUCGCCGAUGAAGAAGGCGAUGAAAUUGGAGAGUUAUCCGCGAACCACCGACAAAACGUCACGCUUCAGGAUUUCAACAUGAUUCAAGUCAUUGGUCGCGGCUCAUUCGGGAAGGUCGUGCUUGUGCGUCACAAAGCGACAAAAACGCUUUACGCGAUGAAGAUUCUGUCCAAAGAAAACAUUGUCCAGCGAAAACAAGUAGAGCACACCCGUACAGAGCGCCGUGUGCUUGGAUGUACACGACAUCCUUUCAUUGUCGGACUCCAUUACGCGUUUCAAACGGCGCGGCGGCUGUACUUUGUAUUGGACUAUUGCCCUGGAGGUGAGCUGUUCUACCACUUGUCUCGCAUGAAAAAGCUUCCGGAACACAUGGCACGCUUUUACGCCGCGGAGAUUACGUUGGCUCUCGAGCAUUUACACGGGCUCGGGGUUGUGUAUCGCGACCUGAAGCCCGAAAACAUCCUGCUCACAAAGGAUGGACACAUAAAGCUGGCAGAUUUUGGACUUGCGAAAGAAAAUAUACAUGGAGGAGCUAAUGGCACGAACUCGUUAUGUGGAACUCCCGAGUAUCUCCCACCAGAGAUCCUUGAUCGUCUCGGUCACGGAACAGCAGUGGACUGGUGGAACUUGGGCAUGGUAUUGUAUGAAAUGCUCACGGGUCUGCCGCCAUGGUACACAAAUGACCGCAAAAAGCUGUUCGAGCGGCUCCGCUCAGCGAGACUGCAUUUUCCGCCGUACAUAUCUCGGCGGGCUGAAGCACUGAUUCGACAGUUGUUGAACCGAGACCCGACUGAACGUCUCGGUUCAAAGGGUGCGCAGCAUGUUAAGAGCCAUAUUUUCUUUGAGGAUGUUGACUGGGCGAAAGUCGCGAUGAAGCAAGUAACGCCUCCAUUUCGGCCGUGUAGGUCGACAUCAAACGACGAUGAGGCUCCGCUGAAUUUCGAGGCAGAAUUUACACGUCUUCCUCUGCCUAGUGCUGAUGGUGCAGUAACAAGUCCACACAGUGGCCGCGGCGUGAGUGCUUUGGGAAUACGCUCGCGACGGGACUCGGACAUGUUUAAGAAUUUCACGUACGAGAGUCCCGGGUAUCUCGAGUCCAUAGCGAAGAAGGAGAAUGUCUAA